UAUAAUAAAGUAGGAUAACUUUAUCCUAUCCAAACCAGUCCCUUCCUAUACAGGUUUCACAUUUUCAAAUGCUGCAUGAUUAGCCUCACUACCAUCAGCCAAACGGUGGAAAUGGAGUUUCGGAAACUGCUUCUGGCAUCCGGGUUCUUCUUGGCUUCGUGGGUUUUGGCAGUGGGAGGCCAGAACUUACCACCCUGUUCUUUUCCGGCAAUUUACAACUUCGGGGACUCAAAUUCCGACACCGGUGGCAUAUCCGCUGCAUUUGAGCCAAUCAAACCUCCUAACGGCGAAGCAUUCUUCAAUAAGCCCGCCGGGAGGGCCGCCGAUGGCCGCCUUGUCAUAGACUUCAUAGCUGAGCGCCUAAAGCUGCCGUACUUGAGUGCAUAUUUGAACUCACUUGGAACAAAUUACCGGCACGGUGCGAAUUUCGCCACCGGCGGAUCCACCAUCAGAAGGCCGAACGAAACCAUCUUUGAGAACGGCAUUAGUCCUUUCUCCCUCGACAUGCAGACGGCGCAAUUCCUGCAGUUCAAGGCUCGCACCGCCGAUCUCUACCGCCAAGCGAAGAACCCUUCUCAGAGAAGCGCUCUGCCGAAUCCUCAAGAUUUCGCAAAGGCGCUCUACACGUUUGAUAUCGGGCAAAAUGAUCUAUCCGCGGGUUUUCGGAAGCUAAGUUUCGACCAGCUACGUGCACAGCUGCCGGACAUUGUCAGCCAGUUAGCCAUAGCAGUCCAUCGGAUAUAUGAAGAAGGAGGGAGGACAUUUUGGAUACACAACACAGGUCCUGUUGGUUGCUUGCCUAUACAGUUAUUCUACAAUCUGAAUCCGCCGCGAGGUUUUCUCGACGACCACGGCUGCGUCAAGGCCCAAAACGAUAUCGCCGUAGAGUUCAACAGGCAGCUAAGGGACAGAGUCACCAAACUCAGAGCCGAGCUCCCACAAGCUGCGAUCACAUAUGUCGAUGUCUUUGCCGCCAAGUACGGACUCAUCGGCACUGCAAAGACCGAAGGAUUCGCCGAACCAAUGAAGGUUUGCUGCGGGUAUCAUGUGAAGUACGACCAUGUCUGGUGCGGGAAUAAAGGAAGUGCGAGCGGAAGGGAAGUGUACGGUGCUUCAUGUCAAAACCCGUCGGCUUUUAUCAGCUGGGAUGGAAUUCACUACACUCAGGGUGCGAACCAGUGGGUUGCUAAUCGUAUACUCAAUGGCUCGCCUUCGUCAAUCCCGGCAAUUCCGAUUACUCAAGCUUGUCAUAGGCAUUGAGAGUUCUACAGUAAUAAUAUACAUUCAGUCUUUUCCUAUUA